UUCACUGCACUGCGAACUUGAUGUUUCCGAGUCCGAGUCCGAGGUGCUCUGUUUCUGAAAUUCCUCGAUCGCUGAGAGAGUCGAGAAAAUGAGAAGAGCCUCGUCGAUUGCUUCGUCGUUUUUCUCUCUAGGGUUUGCUCGUCGAACCUUCGAGUCUCGCUUCAAUGCGGUUCGCUUCUACUGUGAUCCAUCCUCUCUUUCUUCCCCCAAGCGUCCAGGACCGCUGGCACAAUACAGGAAUCUGAUUGAGCAGGGGAAGCUACAACUUGAUCCUUUCCAGGAAAGGGUUGCUUUAGAAUUAGAGAAAUUACUUGGGAGGUUGGAGCAGUAUGAAAGAGAUAUGGAGGAAUAUCAUGUAAACUUAGCUAACUGGGAGAACAACAGGGAGAAUGAAGGACGAAGGCUUUUGAUGGAGGAAGCCGAACUAAAGCAGAAGGGGGAUAUAUGGAUGUCAGUGGAAAAGCAUCGAAGUAAAUUUGUUGACAAAUGGAUGUUCCGGAAAAAAUCUGACAAUGUACAACCAGGAGUGGGGAAAUGGGUUUCAUACCUCAACCGAGAGAGGAAGCUAGAUUCACUUGUUGGUCGCCGUCCAACUGCUCCUCCUGCCCCAAGAGGGCUAUAUAUAUAUGGCAAUGUUGGAAGUGGGAAGACAAUGCUUAUGGAUAUGUUUUAUAGUGCCACUGAGGGAAUUGUUAAACAUCGAAGAAGGUAUCACUUUCAUGAGGCUAUGCUUAAAAUUAAUGAACAUAUGCAUAAGAUAUGGAAGAAUCAAGUGGAGGAGAAGUCUCUGCAGUCUAGCCUUUCUAGUUGGAUUAUGAAUCUUCCCUUUGAUACAAAAGUCAAGGAGUGGCUGGCUGCAGAAGAAAGGUAUAAGCAAGAGGUACAAAUGAAAAAUAUUCUUCCAGCUGUGGCAGACAAAUUUCUCUUUGACUGGCGAUCGGAUCAAAGAGGAGCUAGCAUUCUUUGCUUUGAUGAAAUCCAGACUGUUGAUGUAUUUGCUAUUGUGGCCUUAUCUGGAAUUGUCAGCAGAUUGUUGAGCACUGGAACUGUUCUUGUGGCCACCAGUAAUCGAGCACCAAAUGACUUAAAUCAGGACGGUAUGCAGUGGGAGAUAUUCCUAAAAUUUCUUGCCAAAUUGGAGGAGCAUUGUGAGAUUGUUCUGAUUGGAAGUGAGAUUGAUUAUCGCCGUCUUAUUGCACAAAGAUCUAUAGAUGAGGCUCAUUACUUUUGGCCUUUAGAUGGCAUUGGUGUAAAGGAGUUUGAGAAAAUAUGGUGUGAAGUCACCAACCAAUUGGGAGGACAAAUCACAACAGAUACUAUUCCUGUGAUGUUUGGCAGAAAAUUGGAGGUUUCUAAAAGCUGUGAGGGAGUGGCAAGGUUCACAUUCGAGUAUCUUUGUGGUCGGCCGGUAGGUGCUGCAGAUUAUAUUGCAGUAGCAGAAAAUUAUCAUACUGUCUUCAUAUCUGACAUUCCGAGUAUGAGUAUGCGAAUCCGUGACAAGGCACGGCGGUUUAUCACCCUCAUCGAUGAGUUAUACAAUCAUCACUGCUGCCUAUUUUGUUUAGCAGCUUCUUCAAUUGAUGAAUUAUUUCAAGGGACUGAAGAGGGUACACUUUUUGACUUGGAGAGUUUCCAGUUUGAAACAGAGAUAGAAGGCGGGAAACUUCGCAGAAAUGUUUUAGCAGAAGGCAACGUGGGCUCAGGAGGUGCCCCAACUGGUAUUAUAUCAAUGCUAUCUGGCCAAGAAGAGAUGUUUGCUUUCCGCCGAGCAGUCUCUCGCUUGAUUGAAAUGCAGACGCCAUUAUACCUGGAGGGAGUUCGUACUCUUCAUCCAUAUUUCCUGAGACAACACCUAGAAUUUGAAGAGAAAUGCGCAAGCACCUUGUAAAUGCAUUCUCAUCCAUCAUCGUCUUGGCUUGAGCCUAUUUCUGCCAUAAUUAAAAAAUAAAGAGUGGAAACCCUUUCUGCCAAAAAAUAAAGAAAAAUAAAUAAAAGAUUGGAAAAGUGUAUUAUAAGACUAUAUUUUAUUCAUUGAAGCCAUGCU